GCUGCAGUGCCUGCCCGGGAACCCGGCAGUAGCCGGCUGGGACGGUGGCAGGAGCUUGUCCUGGCCUCGUGGGCUGCGCGGCCGAGGGGCUGCAGCGAUCCGGCUGCCUUGGGCGAACCUGCGCCGGGAGACCCCACACCUGCUGGUGUGUGAUGAGCCACAGGUCCAGCUUCUACUCCAGAGGGGGACACCGGGGGCCCCGGGGACAGAGGGACCUCAGAGCGGCUUCUUCCGGCCUCCUGUGGGUGGCUGGCCCCAGCUGGUGACCCAGGCCAGCCCCGUCUCUCGCCUGUUGCCCCCACCGCCGAGAGCCCUCCACCCCUCCAUGAUGGCUCCCCCUCCAGAGGACCCGGGACCCAAUCUGAGGAGUGGACAGUCUUUCCUGAACAUCAAUAUUCUGCCUGUGGUGGAGAGAUGUAUGAGCGCCAUGCAGGCGGGGACUCAGAUGGUGAAGCUCCGUGGCAGCUCCAAGGGCCUCGUCCGCUUCUACUUCCUGGACGAACAUCGCUCCUGCAUCCGCUGGCGGCCCUCACGCAAGAAUGAGAAGGCCAAGAUCUCCAUCGACUCCAUCCAGGAGGUGAGCGAAGGGCGGCAGUCUGAGAUCUUCCAGCGCUACCCUGAUGGCAUUUUCGACCCCAACUGCUGCUUCAGCAUCUACCAUGGCAGCCACCGAGAGUCGCUGGACCUGGUCUCGCCCAGCGGGGACGAGGCGCGCACCUGGGUCACGGGCCUGCGCUACCUCAUGGCGGGCAUCAGCGACGAGGACAGCCUGGCCCGCCGCCAGCGCACGAGGGACCAGUGGCUGAAGCAGACGUUUGACGAGGCCGACAAGAACAGGGACGGGAGCCUGAGCAUUGGCGAGGUCCUGCAGCUGCUGCACAAGCUGAAUGUGAACCUGCCCCGGCAGAGGGUGAAGCAGAUGUUCAAGGAAGCAGACACAGAUGACCACCAGGGGACGCUGGGCUUUGAGGAGUUCUGUGCCUUCUAUAAGAUGAUGUCCACCCGCCGGGACCUCUACCUGCUCAUGCUGACCUACAGCGACCACAAGGACCACCUGGAUGCCGCUGACCUGCAGCGCUUCCUGGAGGUGGAGCAGAAGAUGGCGGGUGUGACCCUUGAGAGCUGCCGGGACAUCAUCAAGCAGUUUGAGCCCUGCCCAGAAAACAAGAGUAAGGGGGUGCUGGGCAUUGAUGGUUUCACCAACUAUACUCGGAGUCCUGCCGGCGACAUCUUCAACCCGGAGCACCAUGGUGUGCACCAGGACAUGACACGGCCGCUGAGCCACUAUUUUAUCACCUCGUCCCACAACACCUACCUCGUGGGCGACCAGCUCAUGUCCCAGUCUCGGGUGGACAUGUACGCCUGGGUCCUGCAGGCCGGCUGCCGUUGCGUGGAGGUGGACUGCUGGGACGGGCCUGACGGGGAGCCCAUUGUGCACCAUGGCUAUACUCUGACCUCCAAGAUCCUCUUCAAAGAUGUCAUCGAAACCAUCAACAAAUAUGCCUUUGUCAAGAAUGAGUACCCAGUGAUCCUGUCCAUUGAGAACCACUGCAGUGUCAUCCAACAGAAAAAGAUGGCCCAGUAUCUGACUGAUAUCCUCGGGGAUAAGCUGGACUUGUCAUCAGUAAGCAGUGAGGAUGCCACCAUGCUUCCCUCUCCGCAGAUGCUCAAGGGCAAGAUUCUGGUGAAGGGCAAGAAGCUUCCUGCCAACAUCAGUGAGGAUGCCGAGGAGGGCGAGGUGUCUGAUGAAGACAGCGCGGACGAGAUCGAUGAGGACUGCAAACUUCUCAACGGGGAUGUCGCCACCAAUCGGAAGCGUGUGGAAAACAUCGCCAAGAAGAAGCUGGAUUCCCUAAUGAAGGAGUCGAAGAUUCGGGACUGUGAGGACCCAAAUGACUUCACCGUGUCCACACUGCCCUCAUCUGGAAAGCUUGGGCACAAGGCAGAGGGCAAAAAGGCUGAGGAGGAUGUGGAGUCCAGAGAGGAUGCCGGGGCCAGCCGACGGAACAACCGCAUCCUUAUGAGCGGCUUCUCCAUGCUCAAGAAGAAGAGCAGCAAGCUAAAGAAAGCGGCCAGCAUGGAGGAGGGGGAUGAGGACCCGGACUCCCAAGGCAGCCAGAGCAGAGGGGCGAGCCGGCAGAAGAAGACCAUGAAGCUGUCCCGCGCCCUCUCAGACCUGGUGAAGUACACCAAGUCUGUGGGCAUGCACGACGUGGAGGCGGAGGUGGCGUCCAGCUGGCAGGUGUCGUCCUUCAGUGAGACCAGGGCCCAGCAGAUCCUGCAGCAGAAGCCGGCCCAGUACCUCCGCUUCAACCAGCACCAGCUCUCCCGCAUCUACCCCUCCUCCUACCGCGUGGACUCCAGCAACUACAACCCGCAGCCCUUCUGGAACGCGGGCUGCCAGAUGGUCGCCCUGAACUACCAGUCGGAGGGGCGGAUGCUGCAGCUGAACCGCGCCAAGUUCAGUGCCAACGGGAACUGUGGCUACGUGCUCAAGCCGCAGUGCAUGUGCCAGGGCAUCUUCAACCCCAACUCCGAGGACCCUCUGCCCGGGCAGCUCAAAAAGCAGCUGGUGCUCCGGAUCAUCAGCGGGCAGCAGCUCCCCAAGCCAAGGGAUUCAAUGCUGGGGGACCGAGGCGAGAUCAUUGACCCCUUCGUGGAGGUGGAGGUCAUCGGGCUCCCCGUGGACUGCAGCAAGGAGCAGACGCGAGUGGUGGACGACAACGGAUUCAACCCCGUGUGGGAGGAGACCCUGGUGUUCACUGUGCAUAUGCCUGAGAUCACACUGGUGCGCUUCCUCGUCUGGGACCAUGACCCCAUUGGGCGGGACUUCAUUGGCCAGAGGACACUGGCCUUCAGCAGCAUGAUGCCAGGCUAUCGGCACGUGUACCUGGAGGGGAUGGAAGAGGCCUCCAUCUUUGUCCACGUGGCCGUCAGUGACAUCAGUGGUAAGGUCAAGCAGGCUCUGGGCCUAAAAGGCCUGUUCCUCAGAGGCCCAAAGCCCGGCUCCCUGGACAGUCAUGCUGCUGGGCGGCCCCUGCCCCGCCCUUCCGUCAGCCAGCGGCUCCUGCGGCGUACGGCCAGUGCCCCGACCAAGAGCCAGAAGCCGGGCCACAAGGCCCUCCCGGAGCUGGUUCUGGGCACGCGGGACACAGGCUCCGAGGGGGAGGCCCGUGACGUGGCGGCCCCCAGCCCCGGCCCCGCUCUGGAGGCCUCAGCCCCCGAGGAGCCCGGCAGCCCCCGAGGUAAGGCGCCGGUGGGGAGGAGCCCGGCGCAGGGGGGUCUGGCCCAGGAGCAGUCCCCUGGUGCCCCUGAGGGCCCUGGGCCUGCUGGGGUGGCCGCCACCUGCAUGAAGUGCGUGGUGGGCUCCUGCGCUGGAGAGGAUGCGGAGGGCCUGCGGCGGGGGCAGCUGCCCAGCCCGGGGCCCGCAGCCGCGCACGAGGCCAUCAGCCAGCAGCCCUGCGCCCGGGCGGACUCGCUGGGGGCUCCCUGCCCCGGCGUGGGGAGACGCAGAGGGGCUCAGUGGCAGGGUCCGGGCGGCGGCGGCUCCGUGUCCUCGGACUCCAGCGGCCUGGGCAGCUCUGAGGUGGUCCCGUGCUGGCCCGAGGGUGCCCGCAGGCAGGCAGGGGCCCUGCAGAGGGAGAUGAAUGCCUUGUUCGUUCAAAAGCUGGAGGAGAUUAGGAGUAAAUCCUCCAUGCUGUCCACCGAUACCCGCCCCUUCUCCGUGCAGAGGACGGGCUCCUCCCUAUGUGGUCUGGAAACCAUCGCCGAGGAGCCAGCCCCGGGCCCCGGCCCCCCACCUCUGGCGGCUGCCCCCGCCAGCCCCUCCCCAGGAGGGCCCCCGCGCGCCUGGGGACCCCGCGCCAAAGUGGCGAGCCCCCCAGCGGUAGCUCUGGGAGCUUCCGCACCCUUCCAGCCCAGGACCCAGAGCCGAGGGGACAUGGAGCCGGCCCUGGAGAGCCGGCGGAGGGUGUACAAUGGCGGGGGCCCCGGGGGGGCACGUGAGGGGGCCCCUAGCAGCCAGAUGGUCCGAAAGGCCGAGGGUGAGGGGCAGGUGCCGUCGGAGCUCCCGGGCGGAUGGCGGCCCCUGGCUGGGCCCUGCCCCACCGUGUACUCAGACGUCACGGGCGGAGACCGGCUGUGGCGGCGGCUGGAACCAGGGGGCCAUCGCGACAGCGUGUCCUCGUCCUCCAGUGUGUCGUCCAGCGACACGGUCAUCGACCUCUCCCUGCCGGGCCUGGGUCUGGGCCUGGGCCUGGGCCGCGAGAGUGCCCCAGGGGCUCCAGCCGGACGCCUGCCCCUGCGGCCCUGCUCGGCCACGGCCGCCCGCCUGGACCUGCCUGCCGUGACCAAGAGCAAAUCCAGCCCCAACCUGCGGGCUGCCAGCCAGCUGCCUGCAGCACCGGAAGACCUUCCGCCGCUGCCCCCCGCCCCCAGGCCGCCCUGGGGCCGCCUCCCUCCGGCGGGCCUCCGGGACUGCCCUGCAGCCGCCAAGUCCAAGAGUCUGGGGGACCUGACUGCCGACGACUUCGCGCCCCAGGUGGAGAGCCCGGGCCAGAGCCUGGGCCUGGCGGGGCGGGGGCGGGCCGGGCAGGGGGCGCGGCGGGACGCGCUGACGGAGCAGCUGCGCUGGCUCACGGGCUUCCAGCAGGCUGGCGACAUCACCUCGCCCACCAGCCUGACUGUGGGCCUGACUGUGGCAGGGGAGGGGGCGCCCGGGCCCCCCGGCUUCCUGCGGCGCCCCUCCUCUCGCAGCCAGAGCCGUGUGCGCGCCAUCGCCAGCCGGGCCCGACAGGCCCAGGAGCGGCAGCAGCAGCUGCAGGCCCCAAGGGCCCCGCCGGGGGAGGAGCGGGGCACCCCCGAGGGAGCCUGCUCAGGGGGCCGCGGGGGCUGGGGGGAUGUGCCGGCCCCCGCCAAGGGCUCGGCCGCCACCGGCCUCCCGCUCCGACUCUGAGGGAACCCCCCGGGGCGGACCCAGACCGCCACCUUGGCGCCCGCCGAGUGCGCUCUGCCCCCACCCCUCCCCCGGGGAGGGGAGGAAGGGAGCCGGCCCAGGGUCUGGGCAGAUUUUCACCACAUUAGCAAAUAUAUGAGAGGUAUUUAAAUUUUUAGA